AUGGCCCUCCUCCGACACACCGUGCGCGCGGUGCGAUGCGCCCGCAAGCCGCUCGUUCCCACCACGCGAAGCCUCUCCAUGACGUCCCGACGACAAGGCGGCCACGGCAACGAGUCACAGUUCGAGCCCCCCUCGGGAUGGCUCUGGGGCAUCAAGCCCGGCGAGAAGCCUGAGCCCGAGGGCUGGGAGUGGCCCAUGUACCUGUUUGGCGCCAGCCUGUUGGUUGCGGGUGUUGCUCUGGCUUUCAAGCCCGAUACUUCCGUCUCUACCUGGGCUCUUGAGGAGGCACGAAGGAGAUUAGAAGCCGAGGGUGUUCUGCCAGACCCCUCAAAUUCGGAGAAGAAGAACUAA